AACCAGGUGGCAGAAAAUGGUGGCAGAAAACAUGACUGCUCGAGUGAGGUCAAGUGUCCCAUCCCAAACGCAGGUCCCUUUGGUGCCUCAUUGGUCGGAAAUAAAAAAACCUCAUAUUGCGAUCGACAAUAUUUGUUCAAUCUGAAGUUAUAGCCCUAGUCUCAUGUAUACUUGAUCAUGUUAUUGGGGGAGCAUUUAAUGUCCCACUUUCAUGACAUUAGACUAUUUGUAUACCAAUUCAGCCGCCUAUCAAAGCCUCUCUCUCUAUCACCAGAAAUUUUACCGCCCCUUUCUUCCACCAGGUCUCUAGUUUUCGGGCGUCCCAGACGCGAGUUCUCCCCCUCAGGAGAUGGCCCAAGGAAAUUUUUGAAAUACUCCAGACUUCAGGAAAGUGUCCACAUGAGCCAUCACAAGUUUUCAGGGCAACCUCCUGUAGAUUCUUCCGGAUUUUGGGACGCCCCUCGACCGAGCCAUGGCGUCCCGACUUAUCUCGAAACCUCGAAGAACCCAGUGGAUCCUGGGGGUCCUGCUUGGGAUGGAGGCCGCAUACCCUCGGCAACGAUAUGAGUAGUCGAACGUGUGUGCUCCCCAGCCCCGCGCAGUCCGCAGUAGAGCCAAGGAGCCAAAACCCUCUUGUUCUUCCGUCGUUCUUCUGGGUCGACUGCAGCUCACCCUGGCAGCUGAAUGAGGUACUACAGUAAGAGUUCUGGUAUCGAAUUCCUGAGCUCGUCCCCAACAAUGUGAUAGGGGACAAAAUCGUGUUACCCCCCCAGAGGCGUCUAAGGAACACCCACCCACCCACCCAGAUAUUGACUAAUCCGAUGGCCGAGACAACAACCCAUUCUCAGCCAGGGAUUGUGUGUGUGCGACUUAUUCGCAGCUUUCAGCAUCGCAAUAUUCGCCAUCUCGUGCUCAAAGACGUGGAUUGGAGUCAAACGGUGGAGCGAUUCAUGGUGCGAGUCCUGGAGCACAUCAAGACAGCCCCCGGAUUGCCACCCCCGUUCAGAAAAUUCGAUUACGACUGCAUGAAGAUUGAGCAUCAAGCCCACGGCGCCAAAACCAGUGAUCCCGUCAUCAAUCGCAGCGAGGAUGACCUGCUCAUCCUAAAACCAGACCAAACCCUAGCCGAAGGUGGUGUGAAGCAUGAGACAGAGAUUGCGCUCUUCAAACGCGCCGAUUACAUGGCCUAUCAGGCCCAUCCGGACAUCAAUCUAGUGCACACCAUGAACCCCCCGUCCCAAUAA